AUGUUUUAGAAAUUAAAAUAUAACUCUAACAAUUACAAUGACGAGGAUUAAAUAGUUGACAGAAGCAUAUACAGAAUUCUAGAAGUAGCAUCUCAUAUCGAAUAAGGAUCAAAUACAUUCUUAAUUGAAGAGUACAAAUACAUAUCCAUAUUCACAGUAUUAUUAGCUUUUUUAAUAUUUUUUACUGUUGAAGACCACUUAGGUCAUUUAUGGACUACAAUAGCCUUUUUAACUGGGGCAUUAACAUCAAUAUUAAGUGGAUAUAUAGGAAUGAGAGUUGCAGUUUUUUCUAAUUACAGAACUGCUUAUUAAGCCGCAAAUAAAAUGAGUUUAGCCUUCUCUGUUGCUUAUAGAGCUGGAUGUGUUAUGGGAUUUACUUUGACUAGUUUAGGACUAUUGGUUCUUUCUAUUUUGAUUGCUAUUUAUACUAAUAUGUAUGUUGAUGACGAUUAUCAUGAUUAUACUAGAAUGUAUGAAUGCAUUGCUGGUUAUGGAUUAGGAGCUUCCACUAUAGCUCUUUUUGGAAGAGUUGGAGGUGGUAUUUUUACUAAAGCUGCUGAUGUUGGAGCUGAUUUAGUUGGAAAAUUAGAAAAGGAUCUUCCUGAAGAUUCCCCAAAUAACCCAGCCACUAUUGCAGACAAUGUAGGUGAUAAUGUAGGUGAUAUAGCAGGUAUGGGAAGUGAUUUGUUUGGUUCUUUUGCCGAAGCUACUACCGCUGCACUUGUUAUUGCUUCAGAAUCUCCCGCUUUUUAUUACUAACCUUAAUGUAUGUAUUAUCCUUUAUUGAUUUCUGCUUUUGGAAUAAUUGUUUGCUUAAUAUGUAGUUUAUUGGCUCAUGGAAAUAAAAAUGAAUCCAUGAAUGCUAUUUCUUCAACUUUGUUUUUAUAAUUAUUAAUAUCUACUAUUUUGGCUACUCCUGCUCUUUGGCUUGCUGGUUAUAUUUCUCUUCCUGAUCGUCUAUAUGGAUUUAUACCAGGAAUCGAAAGAUCACCCUCUCAUGCUUUCUGGUGUACUGUUACAGGACUUUGGGCCGGUCUUUUUAUUGGAAUUGUAACUGGUUAUUAUACUUCUUAUUCUUUCUAACCUGUAAAAGAAGUUGCUAGAUCUUGCGAAACUGGUGCUGCCACUAACAUUAUUUAUGGAUUAGUUUGGGACAUUGGUCUACAUUUAUUCCUGUUUUAUUACUCGCUGCUACAGUUUUUACAUGUCAUAGUCUCUUAGGAAUGUUUGGCUUAUCUUUAGGAGCUCUUGGUAUGCUUUCAACUAUGUCAAUAAGCUUAGCUAUUGAUGCCUAUGGUCCUGUAAGUGAUAAUGCAGGAGGUAUUGCUGAAAUGUGUCAUAUGGGUGAGAAUGUAAGAGCAAGAACUGAUGCUUUGGAUGCUGCGGGAAAUACAACUGCUGCAGUAGGAAAAGGUUUUGCUAUUUGUUCGGCUGCUUUAGUUGCUUUAUCUUUAUACGGAGCUUUUAUUAGUAGAGCUAAGCAUCCAGAAAAUAAAUAUCCUUUAACUUUAGGUGUAGAUAUUAGUAAUGGUUUAACUUUUGCAGGACUUAUUGUUGGUGCAAUGUUGCCUUUUGCCUUUUCAGCACUUACUAUUAAAUCAGUUGGCAAAGCAGCUCUUUAAAUAGUUUAAGAGGUCAGAAAUUAAUUAGAAGCAAAUCCUCUUAUUAUUACUGGAUAGGUUCUACCAGAUUAUAAAAACUGCAUCAAAAUUGCAACUGAUUCUUCUAUUAAUUAGAUGUUUGCUCCUGCUGCUAUUGUUAUAGGAUUCCCCUUCUUUACUGGUUUACUUUUCGGUCCAUCUGCUGUCGCUGGUAUUUUACCUGGAAUUCUUGUUUCUGGUGUUUCUAUGGCUAUUUCAAGUGCUAAUUCAGGAGGAGCUUGGGAUAAUGCAAAAAAAUAUAUUGAAAGUGGUCAAUUCUUAAACUCUUAAGGUGAAAUUAGGAAUAAAGGUUCUCAUGAACAUAAAGCCGCAGUUAUUGGUGAUACUGUUGGAGACCCUUUGAAAGACACUUCAGGACCUUCUUUGAAUAUUUUGAUUAAACUGUCAGCUAUUUUUUCACUUAUUUUUAUCAAAUUCUUUGAUUAAACUGCUUUUUUAUAAUGUAGUUUUGCGCCUUAUUCUUCUGGAUGUUGAAUUAGGUUAGUUUAUAUUAAUCUGAAAAAAAUAAAAUAAAAUUUUCUCUUAUAUUUAGUUAAAAAUAAAUAAAAUGUUAUUUAUUUAGAUUAUUAUAUUAAAUAGUUGUUUAUUUUUUUCAUCUAAAGAAAUUUGAUUAUUUGAAUAUUUAAAUAUAAAAUUAUAUAUAUAUAUAAGUGUAUUAUUUUUUUUAUUUAUAUUUUAAUCUUAAAAUGAUAAUUUUCAUAUUUAU